AUGCUGAUAGCUUUGGAGACGGAUCCAGCUCUCGUGGAGUGUUUGACCAUCGAUGUCUUUGGAGCAUUGCCCGAAUCUGGUGGGAACACCGGAUCAGCAAUUCUGAAAUGUCUGUUUGUCGUGUCUGUCUACGCCCCAACCGGCUGUAGCCCGGACGGCGUCAAAGACAGGUUUUAUGACGCCCUGGAUGCCCUAUUGCGGCGAGCUAAAAGCUCAGACAUUGUGGCGGUUGCCGGUGAUAUGAAUGCGCAAGUAGACAGGCUUAGUGCAUCUGAGACUCAAUUGGGAGGUCGACAUGGACUGGACUCGCUGUGUGCUGAUCGCAGGCUGUUUUUAUGCAGUACGAACUUCCGAAGUAGCCGAAGUCGUCUGGCCACUUGGUGUCCUCCAACAACAGGCCGGCCACAAAUUCAAAUCGACCACAUUGCCAUCAGUUACCGAUGGCGCGGAUCCAUAACUGACUGCCGGUCGUUUUGGAACACAUUUGUGGACUCUGACCACGCGCUCGUCCGGAGUCUCUUCGCCCUACGUUUCCCGGGGCCGCAUCCGGAUGUCAGACGAACUUACAAGAAUCGUUUUCUAGAGUCUCCUCCAAGUGCUCCACCAUCAGAUGUAAACUCAUACUGGGACGAGAUUGCCACCUCUUUGCAUAGUGCUGGGAGUUUUGCCUGUGGCACGGCACCACCAGGCGCUCUUAAGCUGUGGAUAUCAGACCGAACGGUGGCACUGCUUAAAUCUCAGAGGAAUAUCCCAACCAGCCCGGAACAUAACUUGAUGCGACGAAUUAUCAGACGUCAAGUGAAGGUGAGCGUGCAAGCUGACCGUGAAGUGUGGUGGACACACAAAGCCAAGGAAAUGGAAGAGGCCCAGAAAGCCGGUAAUGCCAGAAGAUUAUUUCAGUUGACCCGUGCGACGGGGCCUCGGAAACCACCUGCGAAUGAAGCCAUCAAUGAUCGGAAUAAAGUGGCUAUCUCAAAUAAACAAGGACGCCUCAAACGUUGGACCGAAUACUUAGAACAACAAUUGUCAUGGCCACCAGUGGACACCCAUCUGGAACCCACAGGUGACGUGGAACCCUGGACGGUGAACGUGGAACCGCCUACGGCCUCGGAGGUGUAUGACUGCAUAUUUUCUCUCAAGCGCCACCAAUCCUCUAGUCCGGAUGACCUCCCACCCGCGUUGUUCAAAGAUGGGGGUGAAGUCCUCAUUCGACGCUUGCCUGACUUGUUUCCUUGCAUUUGGGAAAAGGGGUCUGUCCCGAAAAACUGGGGAGAGUCGGUGAUAGUGUCCAUUUUCAAAACCAGGGGCUCGUAGAGGAAUUUCGUGGUAGCUGCGGCAAACUCCUCGGCAAGGCACAGCAGUUCAUCACUGUAUGUCCAAACAAUAGAGGCAUCCACAAACAUGAACAAUGGUUCGCAGUUCACCUCCGCCGAGUUCCGCGACUUCUGCACUCGACAUGCGAUAACACACGUUCGUUCACCACCGUACCACCCACAGUCGAACGGUCAAGCAGAAAGGUUCGUCGACACAUUCAAGAGGGCUUUGCUUAAAGCUCGAGGGGAGGAGACAUCCGUCGAAGCCCUUCAGAGAUUCCUGUUUGUGUACCGAACGACCGCGAAUGACGCUUUGGCAAACCACCAGUCACCUGCAGAGGCACUCAUGGGCCGUAAACUUAGAACUGUGUAUUCUUCCAUGUUGCCAACACAACCUACUGAGUCAAGGUCCAUACCGGUGGCAGUUGGAACUCCAUUCAAGUUGGGAACGCCCGUGCUUGUCCGUGACUAUCGCCCAGGACAUGAUUCAUGGAUUGCAGGUCGUAUCCUGCGCAAACGCGGUAGUGUAAUGUACGACGUGUCGGUUGGUCAAGACACCUGGACCAGACAUCAAAACCAACUCCGCUUUAACAGCACGCCGGAAACUCAAGUAUGUUCGGGUACCGUACCGUUGGACCUAUUGCUCGAUACUUUUGAGCUGAAAACUGAGACAGCUUCGAAAGAGGAGAGUGUGACCGGCAGCUCGGUAUUUGAUCCAACACUUCUUCCCAGGCGGUGGACAGACCGAUGCCGCCGCCAGCCGGAACGCACCAGCACAACAGCCGCUGGCGCCACUGUAUCAGGAGGUCUAAAAAUCACGCCUGUUAUUUCACACCCGAUCAAGGUCGCCACAGCCUGUCCUACAGUGAUUCGUCCAGUCGGCGUAUCUCCCAAAUCCCGAUCCUUGCUGAAUCCUCCAACAGUCUGUAAACCCCAACAACCUGUACCGGAUCCUCAACCCCCAAUUAAACCAGACCAACUCCCAUCGACCUCAUCAUCAGCAACGCAGCCAUCACAAAGAAAUGUUAUUCGAGAGAUGCAGGUCAGAGUCCCUAAUCGACGUGACAAGCGAUUCAGUGUACUUCGUUUUCACACAUCUGAUCAUCCCGACCUCACAUCCGGCCUUGAAGUGUUUAUGCAACGUGAAAACAACCUGAGGCAGUUUCGCAGUGCUCACAACAUUCAAGACACUCCCGACCGUGGGGCCGGAAGCGAGUUUGGUCGUGAGGCGAGGGAGGAGGCCCGACUUCGCAAGUAUGGUAUUAUUCGUGAAACCUAUCGACCAGAUGACCAACCGUGGGUUAUGACCGUGGGCAAAGGAAAAACCGGACGUCGUCGCUUCAAAGGAGCUCGGGAAGGAAGUGUUUCGGAGAAUGUUGAAUACUUUGUAUUUUGUCAAUGUAAAGAUGGAAAUUUUGACGCCUAUCCUGUCCAUGCUUGGUAUAAAAUGAAACCGGAAAUCAACUAUCGGUUUUUGCGUGAAGAAGAGGCAGAGGUCGAAUACAGUAGACUUCACAAGACAAUGAAUCUGUUCAACGUGAUGAUCAAACGCAAACUGACCGAUGGUGAAGGUGCAGACGAGGUGACAGACGGGCUAACCAUGGACCGGGAGCUUGGAAAGGAACUCCGCUAUCUGUCCGUGGCGACGGAAGGCCGGGGGAAUUCAGAGAAAGAGUCCGGUCCACAGGCCGCCAAAUCUGGCGGCGGCCGCCGUUCAGAUCGUACUCUCAAACUAACCGAUUUAGAGGAGUUGAACAGUGAAAGUGACGCUGACGCUGAGGAUGAAGAAGAAGAGUCAGCAAUAGACCAAGGCGAGGGUGGUGCUACUGAAGGAACCAAACCUGGAACCAGUAAGCAAAAAUCAGUUGGGUUGUUUGGCGAUGUGAGCAAAGCGCGUGCUGGUAGGACAGAAGGGGUCAAGUCAGCUGCCGAACGCGCUCGUCUUCUUCGCAAAAAACAGCGUGAUGCAGCAAUCGUAUCUCGGAUACGCCGUUAUGUCAAGAAGCGCCGAACGAAGAAGGGUCGACCUGCUGGCUCUUCGUCCGAGGAGGACGAUCCUUUGGAAGAGGCACAGGAUGAUAGUGAGGUAGAUGACCACGAAGGGGAUGAGGUAGAUUACAUGACAAACUCCUCUUCGGAUGAAGACAAGCUUUCGGCUGACGAACGUGAGAAAAUCUAUGAGGAACCUGGUGUUGACGACGAAGCUGCUCUCAAAGCAUUGCUGACUGAUGUCAGUACCGAAGAAGAGGAGGCAGAAGGACUAGAAGAGAAUCAAACGGAGAUGGAUGCAACCGAUAUUCGGGAUGAUUCUAACGCCAAUGGGGUUGGACGCAAACGUCCGGAGGGCAACCUUGAGCCACUUGACACUGUUACGAAAGGUUACGAACCCCUUUUAUUGGAUGACGACAUGGGUACCAAAUCACAUCGUAGCAAGAAAAAGGUUCACGGGCGGAACGAAGAUGAUGGUGCGUCCUCAUCCUCAUCCUCCAGUUCUUCCUCUAUCGAUGGGGAUUCGUCUUCCUACUCCUCUUCGAGUUCCGAUUCGGAAGUUGACGUGGAAGAGAAGGCGAAAAAAAGUUCGAGGAAAACCGCACUGUUGCAGAAACUUUCUGAAUCGAUCCAUGGUCCUUCGUCAGCUACUGUCGCAGAGAGUGGUGAUGCUGUGGAUACAACGGGUGCAGUUAAACGUCGUCUGACAGACACAACAGACUCAGCUACUGGGGCAUCUGGUUCUGCCAGCAAGAAAGCUCGUGUAGAACCAGCCACAGCGACAACGGUUUCUUCAUCCAUUUCUUCCAAUUCUUGUGACGGUGAACUAAUGAGCACCGUGCGCAAAUAUCUGAUGCGCAAACCCAUCACUGUAACUGAACUACUGAAGAAGAUACGUUUGCGAAAGUUGGUUGGCAAAAACGAAGAUGCUCAAACUGCGUUGGCCAAUGUACUUCGGCAGCUACGGCCCAUCAAGCAAAUCAUCAAUGGACAGCACGCCCUCUCUUUGAAGCACUGAAACCUAAUCAUUUUUGUAAACCCGUGGAACCUCUUAUUCGUACACUUCUGUACCUUUCUCCAGAUAAAUAAUGUGUGAACUUGCCAACAAAUGUACAGUUGACUGACCAUAUGAUUACCUGCAAAUGAUUAGCUGUGAAUAAACUGGCUUUCGAAU